UUCUUACACAAAGCAACUUAAUAAAAUAUUAUUCGUAGACUAAAAAAAUUUGUUCACGAAUGACCUAUUCAGAAAACUAUGUUAUUAUUUCAAUUGUACAACUAAAGCGGUAAUAACGUUGAAUAUUGAGAUAAUGUUACGUUUUUUUUUUAUAUUGGGACUUUUUGGUCAGAGCAUUGGAAAAUAUUUAAACAUGGAAGUAAUGGCCGGAAAAAAAGAAUGCUUAUAUCUCUAUAAGAAAUAUGGUGAUUGGCUUACAAUUGAAAUUAGGAGUAAUGAUGACUUUGAUCUAUCUUUUUCUGGACCAAAUGAAAGUCAUAUUCUUACAAAGCAAAGAGUAAGAAACCAUAAAGCUAUACGACAAACUAACUCAGACGGAGAUUAUGGAUUCUGUUUUUACAACAGCUAUAAUUUUCACUCUUCAAUUUCUGUCUAUUUCGAUUAUGAUUAUGAAAUUGACUCUUCUGGAAAUUUAUUAUCACAUGAAGAAAAAACAUUGAGAAAAAUAACAAGUGAAAAAGAAAAAAUACUAACAUUAGUCAUGGAAAAAAUUGGCAUUCGUAAUAAUUCGAUGAAUCAACAGAUAUUUCUCGAUUCACUGAAAAUGGAAACUGAAAACAUCAUAGAAAAUAAAAAUAACAUUUCGAGUUAUAUAGAGAGAACAUUUACAUUGUUAUCUCUUCAUGCAGAUCAAAUGGAAACUCAUUUGAAAUAUUACAAAAGUAGAAGAAUUCGACAUUUUCAUCUUCAAGAAGCUAAUAAUUUUAAUGUAAUGUUGUUCUCUAUCAUAAUAUGCUUUAUGAUUAUAAUUUCCGGGUUGGUACAGGUAGUGGUAAUCAAAAGUAUUUUUGGAAUUUCUAUAGUUACGUGGAAAUUUUGGCGUUAUUAAAAAUAGUAUAAAAAAUGAUUUUUAAACUGUUAUAUAUUUCAAAAGAAAAUUUUAACUUAGUUCUCAAAACAUAUUAUUUAUUAAGCCAAUUAUUGUUCAAUUAGACAGGGUAUAUUUGUAUAAAUAUAAUAAUGUGAAGGCGAAAAUUUUUACGGUUUUGUUAUUGCUUUGAUCCGAAUGGCUGCUUAUGCUUAUCAAGCGGAAAUAGAGGCUUAUGCUUAUAAAGCGGAAAUAGAGGGUGGGGGAGCUUAAAUUGAUAUAGAAACUGUUAAAGUGAAGACACUUUACACUGUUUUUAGGCGUAAUUUUAGAAAACGGAUUUUUUUUUUGCUGUUUAUAUAUAAGAAAAUAACUUGAAACCAA